ACCCCGUGCGAGGGGCGCCGCCAUCUUGGAUAAGGGGGGUGAUGGGGGCGCAGUGGAGCCAGCGGAGCCGAGCCUGAGGGAGCCCCGGGGAGAGGCGGAGACCCGGCCCGGCCGUUGCCCAGCCUGAAGCGGAGCUGCUCCAGUGCCCGCAGGGCGGGGGGGGGGGGAAAACCGGGCUGCCGCCGACAGAGCCACGCUGCACAGCCACCCGCUUCCCGAGCCCAGUGCCACAAUGGCAACUGCACCUUACAACUAUUCCUACAUCUUUAAGUACAUCAUUAUUGGGGACAUGGGUGUAGGAAAGUCCUGUUUGCUUCAUCAAUUUACAGAAAAGAAGUUUAUGGCAGACUGUCCCCACACAAUUGGUGUUGAAUUUGGCACAAGAAUAAUUGAAGUUAGCGGCCAAAAAAUUAAACUACAGAUUUGGGAUACAGCAGGACAAGAGAGAUUCAGGGCUGUCACACGAAGCUACUACAGAGGAGCAGCAGGAGCUCUUAUGGUCUACGACAUUACCAGAAGAAGUACAUAUAAUCACUUAAGCAGCUGGCUGACAGACGCAAGGAACCUCACCAAUCCAAAUACUGUGAUAAUCCUCAUAGGAAAUAAAGCAGAUCUGGAAGCACAGAGGGAUGUUACAUAUGAAGAAGCCAAACAAUUUGCUGAAGAAAACGGUUUAUUGUUCCUUGAAGCAAGUGCAAAAACUGGAGAGAACGUUGAGGAUGCGUUCCUGGAGGCUGCCAAGAAAAUCUACCAGAAUAUCCAAGACGGAAGCCUGGAUCUGAAUGCUGCAGAAUCGGGUGUACAGCACAAACCGUCAGCUCCACAGGGGGGGCGACUAACCAGUGAACCCCAGCCCCAGAGAGAAGGCUGUGGCUGCUAGUGACCUCUGUUUCAUGGCUCCAUUUCUGACCUUUCACCUCUGUCUGUUGGAAGCGGUGCUUUUGACUGCUUCCCUGUCUUCUGUACAUCUUACUGGGUUUAAUUAAAACUCUGAGACAAGUUUAACACAGUACUAAACUGCUAAACAACUUUAGAUGUAAUCAGGUUAUCAAAGGCAAGUAGAGUAAUAAAACCUCUCCUGCAUGGUAAAUCUAGAAGUUUUUUUUUUCCUUGAUUGUCCUUGUGAUAGUGUCACCGAUACAUAAUUUAAACUGAGCACUGAUGCUGGACUCAUGAUUUUACACUUUCGCAGGGCUUUGUCUUGUAUGGUUUAAUUUUAUGGUUCUUUGGCCUUUCUUCCCCACCUCUAACUGUUUAGAGCUGUCCAUAGUAAAGGAUAAGUUUUUGCUGUGAAAUGAUUUCCGAUGGUAGCAAGGGGCUCUGUAACAAUGUGCUUUUGUUGAAAGAAUUCCCUGUGGUGUGUGUUGGGGGUCGGGGUGGGCUGGCGCAGGAGCGAGUGUACAACUUGCACAGGGAAACAAUCCUUUCAUUCUUGUGCUCAUAGCUUUACAUCAUUUUUUUGCCACUUUUAUCCUUUACAUUUGUUAACAGAACGUAAAUAUGUAUAAAAUUUGAAGGAACUGAGCUAACAGUUAAAUACAUCCUGUGUAUAUGAUUUUAAUGAAGAAAAUGAUUACUGGCAUUAGAACAGUAUAUAAAAAAAUACCAGUUUGUACAGUAUGACCUAUAUGUGACCACGUUGCCCCCUUAGUACAGAAAUCGAUGUGACUGCAGUUCACUAACAUAGGCUUAACUCCUUGGUGUCAACAGUGGACAUUGUGCUGGGGGAACUCUAAUCCUGAUGCAGAAAUUAACACUAGUGGAAUCUGUCUUUCAUCUUUGCACUGUGGUAUACCUAUGCCAUUUUAUUAAUCCCGUUCUGUGCAAUCAGCAGUGUGCUAACCUGCUUUUCUCUUCGGUAAGCGUUUUGCAUUAUUGGGCUUCAUCACCUGCCUUGCAUCGUAUACAAAGGCUGGUUCUCUUGCACAUCUUACGCUUUUAUACCUUUAACUUUUUGAAUGGUCAGAGGCUGAACUGGACAGUCGGAACAACACGUGUGCUCUCUAGGGAUUUUUAACUACUGUUGUAUUUUUUUAACAGUCCCCUGUGAGGGUUUCUUGUGAGACUUGGCCUUUUUCAUCAAGCCUUCGAGUACGUCCUUCAUGGGGUGAUGCAACCUGUAAUGCUUGUAUGGAGGGGGGGUUUUGAGGGGUGACAGCACACAUGUGGCUGUUACUGAACUACAUGUGGGGUGUGCUGUGGUGUCAGACCGCAGUGUGUGGUGCUACAUGCAGUACUGCUGUAUUUCACGGGAAGCUUCGUGUGGAAAACAUCACAUACGGUUUAAAAAUGGAAGGGGGCGAGUGCUUAACCAUGGUCAAAUGUCAUCUUUAGUCUUACUGCAGUGUUUAAAAUACAAAGUAGUCUUAAAAUCCCUCUCUAGACACUAAAACUAUACAAUGUAAGUAAACAGUGGUACCAGAGUAUUGUACAGUCAAUGUUAAAUAAAAGCCAAAACUGGAAUGUGCAGACAAUAGGAUUUGGGUAACUUGUGCGCUGUCCCUUUGUUUUGUCUGGUUAGUCCUUUUUUUAACUAAUAUUCUUAAGUAGAUGGGUAUGUUCAAGAUCUACAGCUAAUGCAUCCUGCUUAAACCGAGGUUGCACCACAAAGGGUUUGCCCAGGGACCACGACCUGCUGCUGACGUGAAGUAAAUGUUCUAAUGACUACAGCUUGUUGAGGUGCAAUACCUGUACUCCCAGAGUAAGAUACAGUAGGUCUUAUUGUUUCUGUCACAGAAAGGAUUUGUUCAGACUGCUGUACUCCUCAUUUGAUGUAACGAUGCUAUUAAUCUAAAUAUUUGUAAAUAAAGUACCUGUAUCUAGAUAAACUACA